AGGCAUGUAGAUCCGCACGCGGGAUUCGUCUGUCGUAGCUUCCUGUGGAGAGUGCCAGGGGUUCUUGCGUCUAACAUCCCAUUCGUCGACGCGGGGGAGCUGGUCCCGGGGUCGUGGAAGCUGCGUAUCCGGCAGCUCGACCUCGACAACAACCAUGGACCACUUACACGGAUAUUGCCUUAUAAGCCGACCGGUAUCUGGCCGGUGCUGCAUGUUUUUGUCGCUCUCCAACCCGCGUUCUUCCCUCCGGUCUGUGAGACGGCGGUUGUUCCUUCAGCAGACCGUCCCACUGCCCCGCGAUCUGCCCCUCCAGCAGCUCUCACCUUUCACCAGCGCUCGCCAUGGCUCCUCGCGUCGUGAUCCCCAUCGACCAGAACUGGGAGUUUCGGCAGGCCGACAAGCAGGACGCCCAGUUCCUGCCCGUCAGCCAGUUCCCGACCAAUGUGCACCUCGACCUGCAGCACCACGGCCAGAUCCCGGACGCCUUCAUCGGCAAGAACGAGCUCGCCGUACAGUGGGUGGGCGAGGCCCAAUGGACCUACAGGACCACCUUCGCAGCCCAGCCGGUGGCCACGGGCGCCAAGGCCGUGCUCGCCUUUGACGGGCUCGACACGUUUGCGACGGUCGUGCUCAACGGCACCACCAUCCUCGAGACCGACAACAUGUUCAUCCCGGAGCGGGUCGACGUGACGUCGGUCCUCAAGGAGCAGAACGAGCUGACCAUCCACUUCGACAGCGCCUUCCUGCGGGGGUGCAAGCUGGUCGAGCAGUACCCGGAUCACAAGUGGGGAUGCUGGAACGGCGACACGUCGCGGCUGGCUGUCCGCAAGGCGCAGUAUCACUGGGGUUGGGAUUGGGGCCCGACCCUCUUGACCUGCGGCCCGUGGCGCCCCAUCAACCUGGAGAUCUACGACUCCCGCCUGGCCGACCUUCACGCCGACUCGGUGGUCGACAAGUCGCUGAGCAGGGCCAACGUCACCGUGACGGCGACGGUCGAGGGCAAGGCAGACAGGGUGCGCAUCGACAUCUCCCUCGAGGGCAAGCCGGUCGCCUCCGAAACGGCCGACGCCAGCUCCGGGUCGGCCACCGUCUCGUUCCUCGUCGACAGCCCCGCCUUGUGGUACCCUAUCCGCUACGGCAAGCAACCGCUGUACCAGGUCAGCGCGAUGCUGCUUAGCGGCGACGAGGAGGUCGACACCCUCUCUAAGCGCAUCGGCCUGCGCAGGGCCGAGCUGAUCCAGCGCCCGCUUCAGGACCAGCCCGGCACCAGCUUCUUCUUCGAGAUCAACAACAUCCCUGUCUACUGCGGCGGCAGCGACUGGAUCCCCGCCGACAAUUUCAUCCCGCGCAUCAGCCGCGAGCGCUACUACGACUGGGUCCGGCUGGUGGCCGAGGGCAACCAGUUCAUGAUCCGCGUCUGGGGCGGCGGCAUCUACGAGGAGCAGGCCUUCUACGACGCCUGCGACGAGAUGGGCAUCCUGGUGUGGCAGGACUUCAUGUUUGGCUGCGGCAACUAUCCGGCCUGGCCGGCGCUGCUGGCGUCCAUCGACCGCGAGGCCCGCGAGAACGUCAGGUUGCUUCGCCACCACCCGUCCAUCGUCAUCUGGGCCGGCAACAACGAGGACUAUCAAUACCAGGAGUCCGAAAACCUCACGUACGACUUCGCCAACAAGGACGCCGAGAGCUGGCUCCGCACCGACUUCCCCGCCCGCUACAUCUACGAGAAGGUGCUCGCCGACGCCUGCGCCGACCUGGUCCCGUCCACCUUCUACCACCCGGGCUCGCCCUGGGGCGCCGGCCUCAACACGCGCGACGCUACCGUAGGCGACAUCCACCAGUGGAACGUGUGGCACGGCACGCAGGAGAAGUGGCAGAACUUUGACCAGCUCGUCGGCCGUUUCGUCUCGGAAUUCGGCAUGCAGGCGUUCCCCUCGGUCAAGACCAUCGACGCGUACCUGCCCCUCGGAAAAGACGACCCGGACCGCUACCCGCAGUCGUCGACCGUCGACUUCCACAACAAGGCCGAGGGCCACGAGCGGCGCAUCGCGCUGUACCUGGUCGAGAACCUGCGCUACGCGCCCGACCCGCUCGAGCACUUUGUGUAUAGCACGCAGCUGAUGCAGGCCGAGUGCCUGGCCUCGGCGUACCGCCUCUGGAAGCGCGAAUGGCGCGGCCCGGGGAGGGAGUACUGCGGCGGCGCGCUCGUCUGGCAAACCAACGACUGCUGGCCUGUCACGAGCUGGAGCAUUGCCGAUUACUACUUGCGCCCCAAGCUGGCCUACUUCACGGUCAAGCGCGAGAUGGCGCCCGUGAGUAUUGGGAUUACCCGCCGCGAGCACAGGCAUCCGCGGGAUAAGUACACUCGGGUCAACGUUGACGUCAAGACGCAGAUCGAGGUGUGGGGAAGCAAUCUGACUCUAGAAGACCUGACGGUGGACUGCGUGCUCAAGGCGUGGGACGUCGAGUCCGGCGAGGAGACGUUCUCGCAGACGGUGGCGGCCGGCGUGCUGCUUCCGGAGAACCGGUCGACCGAGAUCGCCGCGCUGGACGUGCCCGUUCGGCAGAGGAACGCCGGCGAGGAAGGGCGGACUGUCGUGGCGGCGUAUCUCGUCAAAGACGGCAGGCAGAUUGCGCGCUACGUCAACUGGCCCGAGCCGCUCAAGUAUGUGCAUCUGCAGAAGCCGAGGGCGCUCAGGGUGCAGCUGACGCCGGAUGGCGCAGCGGUCGAGAUCAGCGCCGAGGUGCCGGUCAAGGGCGUGGCGCUGGAGUGCGAGGAUGAUAGUGUCAAGUUUGAUGACAAUUUGGUGGAUAUUGUGCCGGGCGAGGUUGUGACGAUCGGCGUUAAGGGGGCUACUGCCGAGACGAGGAUUGAGACGCGGUAUCUGGGGAUGCUUUAGAGACGGAAAGAGAGAGAGCGAGAGAUAGAGUUUCAGAUUUCAUUAGAUUCUUGUACACUCAACGCCAAUAGAUGAAAUGACCAUGAU